AUGGCUGAAUCUCCAAGGCCGCCUGGUUCACUCUGUCAAGCUGCUCGACUGGGAUUUCCUCAUCUCAAUCGGCUUCUUUUACGUUUCCCGAACCUCACCGAUGUUGAUCUCGUUCACCUUGAUUCUGAUAUCUCGCCUUGUGAGUUUGUCCCUGAAAAGAAUUUGCUGCCACCGGCUUCGAUUGAUGGAAGGCUACGAGUUGUUGCACAGGGAUGCCCUAAUUUGCGGAAACUUGUUCUUAAUGCUGCCACGGAGAGUGGAAUGUCGAGUGUUGCGGAGGAGACACGACCGAGAUGGGAACAGACACUCCUCUCUGAUUUCCCCUCUCUCAGUCACAGUAUGUUCGAUCCUAACUGCGUUGGAGAGAUCAUUAAGCGUCAAAACAAUGCUUUCCUGUCUUUCCGUUUCUUUCAAUGGGUCUCCUCUCAGCCUGGUUUCUCUCCUGUCCCUCAAUUCUGCUCUGUUCUCUUCAAUACUCUCGUCGAAGCCAAAGCAGCAAAAGCUGCAAAAUCAUUUCUUCCAAGUUUCCCAGAAUUUCAACCCCAACCACCUUCUUUGGAAUCCUUCAUUCGAUGUCUCUGCGAUAAUGGAGCAAUCUACGAUGCUCAUGAUGUGUUUUCGUGGCUCAAAAGUUUUCAACUUUGUGCCUUCUCUAUCAGUUUGGAAUUCAGCUCUUUUGGGUUCUCUACGUAUAUGAUGGAAUCUGGCCUCGUGGGCGAUGUUGACACUGUUGGGUAUCUAAUCCGAGCCUUCUGUAAGGAUAACAAGCUCUCCAAAGCUUAUGAGCUUCUUCGGCAAGUGAUUGAAGCUACGCAUACCCCUGAUAAUAUUGCUUUCACCAAAUUGAUUUCUGGAUUUUGCAGAGAUGGGUAUUACGUUAAGGUCUCAGAGCUUCUCCAUUUAAUGAUAGCGAAGGAUCGGCUUCCUGAUAUCUUCACUUCUCAAGAAAUCAUUUAUGGGCUCUACAAGAACGGUAUGAGGAAUGAAGCUUUUCCUGAUAUCUUCACUUAUCAAGAAAUCAUUUACAUCUUUGACCCAAUUCAUUACUAUUACAUUAUUACAUCUAAUGUGAAGUGUUAA